GUAGUGAUAAAAAUACACUUGAAUUUGUAAAACUUCUCUAUCAUUCGUAAGAAGGCUUUCCUACAGAACAGGUCCAGAAUCACAGGCAAAAGAAAAUGAGGACUAUUAUUUUAUUUCACUGCAUCCUAUCUGCAUUCACAAUCUCCCCGAACGACUGGCAGCAUCCACAUUACCGGUGUUUAGAGAAUGAUUGUAUAGAACUGACCGGACUUCACUUUGCAAGCACCAUAAAACUGGAUGGAGAUAGCGGAUGUGACGACACGCACUAUACAGCACAAACACAACCCGCUAUAAUUCCUUAUAAGUGUUUGAAUAAUAAAACCGAGGGCUAUUCUUCUGUAAAUAUCAUCGUUUACGAUCCAAUCUUCGAUGGAACGAAAAGAGAUGUACCAGAAAGCACAACAACAACCGAAACAGCAACUGCAAUGUACAGAGGAGGUCAUGGUGCUCACAAAUUUACCAUCAUGUGUAAGGACAUUCCAAACGACGAAGUCACUCAGAAUAUUGAACAUGUGUUCGACUACGCGGAUUCUGGCGAUCCCGACACAGAGGCCAAUGAUAUAGAGAUGCGAUUUAAGGACGAUAAUAGCAUGGAGGCUCAAGACAUCAACAAUAUCUACAUAGGAACACAAUUUUACAUGUAUAUCAAAUACAUUGGAACACAACAGUAUUGGGUGGUUCCGGAAAAAUGUGAGGCAUUCGAAGGAAUGACUGUCCCUGGAGACCCAAAUGUAGGAUCUAGUAACUCCGAAGAGUUGUGGAAUUCUACACAAUAUGGAUGUGUGAAAAAUCAUUCACUUAUUGAUUCUUUUGAAAGAGUGAAUGCAACCCUAAUAUAUGCAAAGAUGUAUGGUUUUCGAUUCCCUCACGAUGAUUACAUAACGAUUGGAUGUGAUGUUCGACUGUAUUCUCAAGAGAGGAAGAGUGUAUGCACGAAUCGCAUAACUACAACUGCUGCAAUUCCAACUCCAGCUACAAACACAACCACAACUCCAAUAACAACUACAACCAACCCAACCACAACUCCAAUAACUGCAACCAACACAACCACAAUAACAACUCCAGCUACAACCACAGCUCCAACUACAACCACCACACCUACAACUACAACCACCACACCUACAACUACAACUACAACCACCACACCUACAACUCCAAUAACAACUACAACCAACACAACCACAAUAACAACUCCAGCUACAACCACAGCUCCAACUACAACCACCACACCUACAACUCCAGCUCCAGCUCGAGCACCAACUAUAACUGCAGCCACAACUUCAGCUCCAUCUACAACUACAAUAUCAAAUCCAGCUACUGCUUCAACUUCAGCUGCGGGAAGAAAACGUCGAUUACUGCAAUCAAAAUAUAGACGUCACAAAAGGAACAAUGGAAAUGCAAACCGACAGACUCGUUUUGUUUUUAAAAAGAUUCGAGUGCUUGACAUAAAAUCAGGAAAUAAAGGCCACCAACAUAACAACUGUGGACUUUCUGUUUGGAUUAUUGCACUGAUCUCAUUUACUUUGUGUUGAAAGUGGGUCUUGUUGUAAAUACCUGCAAUGGAUAACAAGGUUUGUGGUUAUCUAAAAUGCUGGAACCGGUUUUGAUUUAGUACAGCAAUUUGUAAGUGAGAACUGACUCCUGACUUUGACCAAUAUUUUGUCAGUAAUACGAGUACAUGUAUGCUGUUUGAUUGUAUACAAUACAAAUUUAUUCCUUAUCAUGAAUUAAAGAAUUUGACAUCUUA